GAAGCAAACUUUUGGCCCUUUUAUACAUUUUCCCAAUCAUGAUUAAAUGUAACAUUAUUGGAAUUGAAGAUGGCUUCUCACUAAGGUCUCCCACCUUCAUCCCUUGGUGUCAACCGAAAUUUACAGCGAGAAGAGAGAGAGAGUUCUCUUGCCACUUUAGCACCCGUAGCAAUAAACUCUGAACCAUUCUUCGAAAACCAGUCCGGAUCAAACAGCUGAAUCAGGUUGGGAUGAAUUGGAAUCGAUCGACUCGGAAAUGACCAAAGAUUCUCGAUGUUUUAUUGGUCGGAUUCACAGCGAAGUUUAGAUGAUUCGAGUAAGAAUCCGAAUCAGAAUUGAUACAGACCAGUCCAUGCCAGAUUUCGAGUUUUUAAAACCUUGGACUACUGCGUUCUGAUCGCCCUUACUUUCAUUCCCUUAUUUUAAUGGCUUUUCUGUGCAGACAAGCCCGGUAGUGCCUUCAGAAGGCGCCGAAGAACUGCAUCUCAAAGGUGAGUGAGACGGAUAGAGCACAUAUGGAAUAGAUGCAUAUGGGUCUCUAAUGAUCAUUUUUAGGAUGAAUUGAUGAUGUUGAGUCUUUCCAAGUAGAAAAAAUUGUCUUGAAUAGCAAUUGUUCGACGAUUUGCUCCAAAGAAUUGGUCUGUGCAAUCUUAAACUCUUCCAUUUUCUAUUUGGAAUCUUCAAGUGUAAUGGCACGGGCGUUGUUGAGAAGAAGCAUCGCCUUCACUUCAAUGGUGAACUCUCCAGUUCGCUCCAUGCUGUAUAAUUUCUGUUAUCGGGCUUCGUCAUCAAUUACUGGUAAGGAGAAUGGAGCAAAGCAUCCGAAGAUGGAUUAUGACAGGGGAGCUAACUCUGAUGCUUCUGCAAAUAAUUUCAGCCGGGUUAAUCUAUCUCCGUUGCUUUCCCCUGGUAUUACUCAUCUAGAAGAUUUCGAAAUUGAGCUCGUAGAUCCUGAUACUUGGCGGGUUUCAACUGGUUUAGCUCAAUCAUGGAGAGAAACAGAUAGAGCAAAAGAAGAAAUUCUUUCUUCGACUGAAACAGUUGACGAGCCGGUGAAUUACUCUUCCUCAGUCGCUGACGAAGCUGACUUCGAUGAGAUUGAGGACAUGCGAAUUCGAGGUAAUCUCUUUUAUAAACUUGAUAGGGAUUCCCGAGAGUUUGAAGAGUACAAUCUAAGCUUCCACAGGAAGAAGACUUCUAAGAACACUACCAAGGAGAGGAAGAAAGAAAAUCAAAACAAAGAGAAAUCGAACCAUAAAUCAGCUUCUGAGAAUGGAAAACUCCCAAAUCUUUUGAAGGGCAAACAGUAUACACUUCCUCUUGUGGAAAAGGAUGGCUCUUCAGAAGGUAAGAAGCUGAGGACUCCAACCUUUAAUCAACUAACAGGUCCUUACCAUGAGCCAUUUUGUUUGGACAUAUUCAUAUCGAAAGGCUCUGUUCGUGCCUGCAUUGUUCAUCGCGCAACUAGUAAGGUUGUUGCCGUGGCUCAUUCAAUUUCUAAGGACAUGAAAUUUGACUUGGGCUCGACUAAGAAUGCUACUACUUGUGCUGCUGUGGGUAAAAUUCUGGCUCAGAGGGCACUAGCUGAUGAUAUCCAUGAUGUGAUUUACACCCCAAGGAAAGGGGAGAGAUUAGAAGGUUUUCUGAGGUUCUUCUUGGGGAUUUUGGGGAGAAUUUAAUCGGAUCGGUUUAGAGUAUAGGGCAUCUGUUUCUGACACUGGGUGGAACAAAGGAGCAAUAGUUGUUACUCUUUCGUUGUUGCUGGUGAGCGUGUGACAAUGGGGACGAAGAUAAGUGACAAAGAGGAAAAGAAAGGCGUGAGCAUAGUAACGGGUCGCCUACAGUUGCAGACGAGGUUCAGACAAGGAGGAAGAAGAAGAUAGAACCGAGAAGAAGAAAUGAGGAAGAGUGAGAGAGAUCUGUCAGGAAAUACAAAUUUUGGCUAAAAAGGCAGCAGCGCUUAAGCGCAACGAACUUUAAAAGACCACAUUUAAUUUGAAUCGUUGAUUUAUUUUUCUCUAAUCUCAACCGUUGAUGUCCAUACUUGCUACCGGCUGCUAACGUGAUCUCUCCUCCCUCCUCCCUCCUCCCUCCUCCCUCCUCUGAAACCAAUUGCUUGCGAGAACAGGGAUGACCACCCACC